GGUACAUCCUCGGUGUUGUGUGCAUUUUCAGUAAAGCGUUUGCUCUCCGCUCUAUCUCUCGCAUCGAUAAAUCAAGCGCCAGCAUGAAGACGGUAAUCUUAUUAUCUCUGUUGGUGGUCGCGUGCGUGGCGGCACCGCCGCCGCAGCAGCAGAGUCAAUACGCGGGUAUAACGAUCACGAAGCAAGAGGAAAACAAUAACAUCGGAGUGGACGGCUACCAUUACAGCUACGAGCAAAGCGACGGCCACAAGAAAGAAGAAACAGCUGUGAUCACCAACCCUGGUACCGAUGACGAAGCUCUCGAGGUCACCGGCAGUUAUCAGUUCCAGACUCCCGACGGCAAGACCUUCAGGGUUGACUAUAAAGCCGACAAGGACGGCUUCCAUCCUACCAUCACGCUCGUCUAAGCGCGUGUCGCAUAUUUUACUUCCAAAUGCCUUCCUCUCUGUUGAUUAUGAGCUGCUUCCGCGUCACCUAAAAGUGCAGCCGAUCGUGUCGUAAAGCCAGUGUUAAUAUCUACCAUUUAACCAUAUGAUAAUUCUAAGCUGUCCUUGUAAUAAUACUCUGAGAACGUGGCGCAUUUAUUCAUUGUCAUAUUCUAUCGAAAUUAGUACUUAGACCCGAUUUCGAACUGGACAUUUGUUUUUUAUUCAAAAAUCUGACAGGUUUUAUUUCUUUAAAGUAUAUUUCUUCCGAUGUUUGCUAUCAUUUGGGAAUAAAUCACUCAGGCAGCAAUUGAUAAAUACAAUUUUUUUUCAUACAAUUAAAUAUGAAAAUAAUACAAUCUACUAUUAAGUUCUAAAACAAUAUUUGUAAUCACGUUCAAGAUUGUAAAUUUUAUAUUUUUAACUAAUAAAAAUGAAUUGUAAAUAAUCUUAUUUCUUUUAUCAUUUGAUUUGGAAGACAUUAUUUUUUAUCAAAGAGAAGUUUAUGGGUGAUUCUUGACUAUUUUGAUAGGCUCACAGACACGAAGCAACGGAUUUUUUCAAAUUUUGCACAACUGUUGUAUACAUUGAAGUAAAUUU